AUGUCAACAAAUGACUCUUCUGAAACUGCUGCAAAAGAGUCGAUGCGGUCAUCCGAGCUUCAUAAGAUCUGUGCCAUCAAUUUACAACACACUUCUGUCUACCACCCCUUGUGUAAUGGCAAAGUUGAGCACUUUCAUAAAACAUUAAAAACAGCAUUAAAAGCUCGCAACAACAUAUCUUGGACUGACACAUUACCAACAGUACUUUUGGGUUUGCGUACUGUUAUUCAAGAAGAUACAAAUCAUUCUAUUGCGCAAGUAGUUUAUGGCCAGAGUCUCAGACUUCCUAGAGUGUUUUUCAGCGAACCAAAUCUGGUGAAGAAACCUUUGGAGCCUCCUUAUGACAGACCAUUCCCUGUUAUUGAUCGCACGGACGAAUAUUUUACGAUUAGCAUAAAAGGAAAACAUAUUAAUGUAUCCCUGGAUCGCUUGAAACCAGCUUAUAUUUUAGCUAAGGAAAUUUCUCAGCUAACAAAACCUGACAACAGCAAAUUGCAGAGACCAGAUUCAAAUUCAGAUGUGAAUCAAAAACAUUCUUGCACAGGCAGAACUAUACAUUUACCUGUUAGAUUCAAGGACUGA